AUGACGGAGGCGACCGUGGUUGAAUUGUUUGAGAACCAUUCUGUCGAUGAAGUCAGACGCAUCUGCGCUGACAUUCGAAAUGACGUUGAAAGCAGGAAAAUGGAGCUGCGUUUCCUUGUGGGCGAGCGCCACCGUGAUGUUAUUGAGGCCUCUGACAGCAUCCUCUGCAUGAAGGAAUACAGCCAAUUUGUUACGGACAAGCUCGCACAACUGGAAAGCGCCUGUGUGUAUAAGUCGUCUGCUCUCUCCACGCCAUCGCGAGUGAAGGAUCAAAAGGCACAGGAUCCAAAAAAGUUGAUCGCAGCUCAAUUAAAGUUGCUCCUGGACGUGUCUGAAAUGAUCUGGACGGCACUUGAUGAGUUCGACUACAGCGCAGCCGUGGAGUACUUUCUGUUGGGGCGGCAUCUCGCAGUGAAGAUGCAGCUCACGAGCGAGAUGCUUGCCGCCCACGUGAACGCCCGGGUCUUGGUCAAGCGCCAGUGGGUGGCUCUCGACCACAUCGAGGGCACCAUUGCUGCGGCCUGUCGCAAACAGAUCGCUCUGCACAACGUCACUGACGAUAUGCUGUGCCAGGCGUUGGCCGCCCUACUUGUGCUCGAGGAUCAGACCAUGAGAGCGUCGUUGGAGGAAUUUUUAAUCGGCCGAACUGCCGCUCUGAAGGGCAUUUCGGGUGCUGACGAUGCGCUAGACAGUCAGGCAUGCGUCGACGUCACGCAGCGUCUCACGGUGAUGGCGCGUAUCCUCAUGCAAACGCUCGAGUCUGUGAACGCUCUUUACCUCCCACAAGGUCAGAUUUGCAGCCUGCUGAGUCAGAUGUCCAAGUGGAGUCCACGAGAAAUUACGGGGUUCGCAGGUGAAAACUUGUUUGAACACCUGCCAGAGAAUGUGGUGAACUACCGUAUUACCAGCACCAACCAAUCGCGACAGGCAAAGUCUCCUUGCCCCAGUCCAACGGAGGGGACUUCCGACGUGGAACCCAGUGGUAUUCUUGCCUGUCCCCUCUCUGCGGAGUGUCUAACGGAUCCCACCAACAGGUGGUGGCAAUCGACACUGGAUCUCUGUCAUCAGCACUUGUCGACUGCCUUGAACUCGAUCAGUGAUCUUGCCACCUUCGUGGAGAUGCGCACUACCCUGCUGAAUCUCACCGCCAAUGUGAAGCCGCUGGGACGCCAUGUUGAUCUGUGGUGUGAGAUAUAUCAAUCUGCCUUCCUAGACCGUCUACAGGUUCUGCUGGAGACUCAUCUCGGUGCCAUCUUUGAUGAAUUCGAGGCAUCACUGCUGCAUCUGGCGAAGCCUCUUGAUCAAGUGGCAGCCCCGUCGGACGAUGUGGACGACAACGACGUCAACUCUCUGGAGGAGAAAGAUCUUGCCGCGUUUGUCUGGUCCCAGUCACUAAGCGGCACUUCCAGCAUCGUCGACCUCCAACCCGAUAACUCAACCAGCCUCCAAGUGGACGGCGACAGCCUCAGUUUGGCGUACUUUGCGUGUCUCGUAGGUCGGAGAGACCUGGUGCCAGAGUCGCCGACGUCUUCCACCGACUCGUGCGUUCCAGGACCGCUUCGCUGGCGUCUCAGUCGACUUCUCGACGGUGCCGCCAAGACGUACGCGGCGUUCGACUGGUGUGACGACCGUCACCAUGGCAACAGUCGCCACGAGUUGAACCAAAAGCGACGCCUCAUCACUCCGGCGUUGAAACGAAUUUGCAGUAAGUUUAAUCGGCGCCUUUGCGAAACAGUUGCGACUGCCGCCAAGAAUGCCGCUGGCGACGAGACACCUGUCUGGAAGGUCCUUCUUGGUGUCGUUACACGCCUCCUCGACAGGUGUUGCUCGAUGGCAAAACGGGCGAUUGUCGACCUCAAGGAGGACGGAGGCAUGAAGUCACGAGGCGCCUUCUGCGUCGCUCGGGCCUGUUUUGCGCUCCUCGACGUCUACCCUGGACUUGGCGCGACGGUUGUCGCGGCCACAGCCAAACUGCUCACUGAGGAGUCGAAAUCCUACACAACGUGGACAGAUGUGCAGAGAUUGCGGCAAGUUUGGCUCUCCACCAGUCGAAAACUUCGUUUCAUUGCUGCUCGUCUUGCUUACGUUGCGGUGCUACAAGCCACCGUCCAAGGUCCUGCUUUGGAGGUGCUCUAUUCCAAGUUAGUGUCUGCUUUCAGCGCGUCAGGCGACCCCGACCAAUCCCUUGUCGCGAUAACGUCUCAAUGGUCUGAGAUCACGCUGAAACCGACCCACGACAACGACGACUCCGGGAUUAAGUCGAGUGUCAUCGCCACUCUCAAGAUCCCCUCGUACCCCACGUGGCCCCUCCACGAGGCCCUUUUGUCCCUUUCUAAAAGCCUCGUUCACCUCAGCGUGCAUCUGCUCCCGGGUGGAUCCCUUACCGAGGCGCUAGGCCUGCAGUUGGCCGAGGGUCUGUUGAGUGUGUACAAACGCCUCACCGACGAUGAAAAGACGCCUCUCACGCAACCACAAGCACUCCAGCUGAUGUUCGACAUCCGUUUUAUCCUCCGGCUGUUCGUUUGGCCGCUCGCUAGUACAAAAAAUCGAUCCGCUGCCUCCAGCCAAUUGGAGGAUUUGACGGACGAAGAACUUUGUCAUCUGAUCGACGCUCCGCCGAGUGUGGACGGUGUGAGUGGCCUCGGCCACGAUCUUCUAGCUCGCCUUGAGCGGGCGGUGGAUCCCUUCGAUUUGGAGAUGUCCUCGGAACGCAUGAACACCAAUAUCGGCCAGGCCGUCCACAUGAGUAGCCUGCUCUACGCCAGCAUAUCUCCAGCCUCAGCUGGGAGGUGUAUUGAGGGGCUGGCCAGGGCUACAGAGGACACCUCUGUGGGAUUCCUCACCUUGACGCCGGGCUCAAGUCUCGUUGGUGGCAGUGAUGGGGAAACUGCGGGCUCUGCGGUAUCCUUCGGCCUGCUACCCUUCUCUCUCUCCCUGGUUCGACCUCCUCCGACGCUAACCAGACCUCUCUCUCAGCAGCCAUCGCCCACGACAACUUUGGAGAAACGCAAAGAAGUAACCGUGGCACGAACGUCCGCUACCGACUAUUCGUGGUUCAGCGGUCUUCCCUUUACGUAA